GAAAGAGACCUUCUUUACAGACAUGCAGAGAGGCUAUAAAGAGAGAGAACCAGUCGUCUCUCUUGCCUUCAAUUCCAUUCCAUCAGUCAAAUCUCUCUUUCUCCCUCUCUCUCCCCUCUCACUCUCUCAAAGUCUUCUACAAUGUCAAGCAACAGGAGGAAGCUCGGGCUGAACACAGUCGCCGUGGAUCUAGGCUGCAGCUGCCGCCGGCCAAAACUCGGCAGCAUCUUCAACCCCAAAACCCCCACUUCCAGCCGCCGCUUCCUCCUCCGCCGUUCUUCCUCUUCCUCCAGCAAACACGGAAGCACCCACUUCUCCUCCGACGAAUCCGCCACCACCGGCACCCUCUUCUCCUCCGCCUCUGACACCCCGCCUUGCUACUCCGACUCGGAGCUCGAGCUGAAGGGCCUGCGAGCCGUGCAGGGCUUCGGGAGGAUCGGCGGCGAGAGCUUGGCGGUGGAGAAGGAUUCCGACGACCCCUACCUGGACUUCAGGCGGUCGAUGCUUCAGAUGAUAGUGGAGAAGGAAAUAUACUCCAAGGCUGAGCUGCAGGAGCUUCUGAACUGCUUCUUGCAGCUGAACUCGCCCUACUACCAUCCCACCAUCGUUCGAGCUUUCACGGAGAUCUGGAACGCCGUCUUCUCUGUCGGCCGUAGCAAGUCACGUGCCUUGUAAUCAUUGCACGUGCAGUCAUACCUCUGUACUUACAUCUAUCUUGGCUUCAACAAAAUCUUGCCCCUAUAUGCUUAGAUAUAAAAAGAUUGUGUUUAUAUAUUCAGCCCUUUUGUUUUUAAUUUCUGUACUCUCUUUUUGUUCAUCGUCUCCAACAUUUUCAUUUAUGUUUUAGGGUAACAUAUAAUAUAUGUGCAAGAGAGUUUU